ACAACUACCUCAACCUCAAGUGACAUGGAGAAACGAGAGUCAAUGACAAGGUCGACGGCAUGAAAAGCCAAGCAUGUACAGUAGAGGAUGCAUAUCAUGACCAUUGAACUAUCAACAAAAUGACAACCCCAAUCAUUCUUAUAAAGAGUCCCAUGGGUCAGAAUUUACAUGUAUUUUGGCAGGAUUUACUCCUUUGACAUUACACAGAGGUUUUUCUGGAAACUAAAGAUGAUGAACAAUACUCUUGUAGAAGCUAUGGAUGUUGAAAAAAAGACAAUUCAUCACCAGAAGGAAGAAAUGAUUGAGAGAGAGGACUUGGAAGAGCUGCAGAAAGCGGCUGAGGUUCAGAGGAGGCUUCAACCAUGGAAGAAGCAGAUCACUGUCCGAGGUGUCAUUGUCAGUGUAUUCAUAGGGAGCAUCUACAGCAUCAUAACUAUGAAGCUAGCCCUCACGGCAGGGAUCAAUCCACACCUCAAUGUCUCUGCUGCUCUUCUUGCAUUCAUCAUUGUUCGUACAUGGACAAAGCUGGUUCGAAAGGUUGGACUAGUUUCAGUUCCGUUCACCCCGCAGGAGAACACUAUGAUACAAACUUGUGCAGUUGCGUGUUACAGCAUUGCACUGGGAGGCGGAUUUAGUUCUUAUAUGUUAGCUCUAAGUAAGAAGACGUAUGAACAGACAGGAGUAACCACUGAGGGAAAUCCUCCAGGCAGCUACAAGGAACCUGGGGUUGGUUGGAUGACCGGCUACCUAUUUGCAGUUUGUUUCAUUGGUCUUUUCGUGUUGAUUCCACUCCGAAAGAUCUUGAUAAUAGACUACAAAUUGACCUUUCCAAGUGGCACGGCAACUGCUAUUCUGAUCAAUGGAUUUCAUUCCAUGGAUGACAAAAUGGCUAAAAAGCAAGUACGAGGUUUCACGAAGAUGUUCUCUUUGAGUUUCUUAUGGGGAUUUUUUCAGUGGUUUUAUUCUGGACAAGGACUAGGAGAAUGCGGAUUCUCAAAGUUUCCUACAUUUGGAUUGCAAGCUCAGAGGCAAACAUUCUACUUUGAUUUUAGCUUUACUUAUGUGGGAACUGGAAUGAUCUGUCCCCACGUUGUGAACCUGUCUAUGCUUCUUGGCUCAGUGCUCUCAUGGGGCAUAAUGUGGCCACUCAUCAAAAAGCAAAAGGGACAUUGGUUCCCAGAAGAAAUACCAGAAGUCAGUAUGAGAAGUCUUAAUGGUUAUAAGGUGUUCAUUCCCAUUGCUCUCCUUUUAGGUGAUGGGCUAUACAAUUUCAUCAAGAUAACUUGUAUCACGGUUUCUAGCAUGUAUGUCAAGUUCAAAGGGAGAAAAAUCAGCUCAGAGGAAAGUAACAAUAACGAUGCCAUUGAUAAUCGGACACGAGAUGAGGUCUUCAUCAGAGAAAACAUUCCAAUGUGGAUAGCAGCAUGUGGGUAUAUAUCCCUGGCAGUCGUUUCAGCAAUCACUAUUCCCUUAAUCUUUCCUGCGCUCAAGUGGUACUAUGUUGUCGUAGCAUAUAUAUGUGCUCCAGCUUUAGCUUUCUGCAAUGCUUAUGGAGCUGGUUUGACGGAUUUGAACAUGGGCUACAAUUAUGGUAAAGUAGGGCUUUUUCUCAUUGCUGCAUUGGUUGGAAAAGAACACGGUGUUGUGGCAGGAUUAGCUGGGGCAGGUCUCAUGAAGUCAGUCAUUUCUGUUUCUUGUGUUCUGAUGCAAGAUUUUAAAACAGGACAUCUAACCUCUACGUCCCCUAGAGCAAUGUUUCUGAGCCAGGCCAUUGGUACAGCUACAGGUUGCGUGGUUGCACCGCUCAUCUUCUUCCUGUUCUACAAGGCAUUCGACGUUGGAAACCCCAACGGCGAGUUUAAGGCCCCCUAUGGUAUCAUUUACAGAAACAUGGCCAUUCUUGGAGUUGAAGGUUUUUCAGCAUUACCACGAUAUUGCCUGGAUCUCUGUUAUGGCUUCUUUGCCUUGGCGGUUGGCAUCAAUAUAGUGAAAGAUCUUUCUCCGGCGAGGAUCGGAAAAUGGAUGCCAGUGCCAAUGGCUGUGGCACUGCCCUUCUUAGUUGGGGCAUACGUCGCAAUUGACAUGUGCAUUGGAAGUUUGGUUGUGUUCGUGUGGCACAAGCUUAACUCCAAGAAAGCAGAGCUGAUGGUUCCAGCAGUUGCUUCUGGACUGAUAUGUGGUGAAGGCCUUUGGGUACUGCCGGCAUCAAUUCUUGCUUUGGCCAAAGUCAAACCACCAAUUUGCAUGAAAUUCUUGGCUUCUUAGAAUUAGAGGAAAAUAAUUUGCAUUGUUGUUUAUAUGUCCAACAGAAAAAGGAUGGCCCCAAUCCAAAUCCUGGACACAACACCAUGGUAACUUACUUGUAGCUUAACCAUAAGAUACAAGGCAUCAAUAUAAAAUAUAACCAUA